AUGAGUUACCUGCACCAUUCCUAUCCAUAUUCCAGUCAUCCGGCUGUGCCGUUGGAUCAGCCGCUGGUGUUUGACCCGGCAAUGGCACACUCAUCCAUGAUCCCGCAGCCCAUGGACGGCUACCUGUACCCGCACCCGCCUUUCGAGAUGGUCGACUUUUACCCGCCGCCCAUCAUGGACUACGACGAAUACGCGGAGAACCUGUCACGCCCUCGUUUGACCAAGGAGCAAGUCGAGACCCUCGAGACUCAAUUCCAGACCCAUCCGAAGCCCAGCAGCAACGUCAAGCGGCAAUUGGCAGCUCAGACCAACCUGAGCCUGCCCAGAGUGGCUAAUUGGUUCCAGAACCGACGUGCCAAGGCCAAGCAGCAGAAGCGACAGGAGGAAUUCGAGCGGAUGCAAAAGGCCAAAGCACAGGCUGAGGAGGCCGCUCGAGGCAAAUCAGACACGGCUGACCAGCCGGAGAGUGGGUCGACAGUCAAAGCUGAAACGCCCGAUGAGAGCAGCAAUGCAUCCCUGGCACCUCAAAAAAAGUCCGCGGAGACUACCAGCUCGACAGCCUCGACUUCCCGAAGCCAUGUCCCAGCGACCUCGGCGCCCAGGUCGAGACACCAGAAGACACCCAGUGAAUCCGCCCGCGAAGCUACAUUUGCCUCCCUGCAACGGGCUCUCAAUGCGGCUGUUGCGGCCAGAGAUCAGUUCGGCCGGUCAGGAGUGGAGGGCGAGGCGGUUGCUCCGCCACCUCCUGCCGACGCUCUCGAAGGGUCCAUGCCGUCCAGCAAGAUGUACUCGCUGGACGAGAGAUCACAGACGGCCUUGAACCCAACUUUUCCGGAGUGGGAAACCCCUGCCGAGUCGACAAGUCUCACGUGGACUCCCUCCCAGAGCCCCGAAGACACCUUUUCGUAUGGCAAUCUGAAUGCAGCCACGUCUUUCACCUCGAUGGUCGAGAGUCUCUCCGUGGCGGAGAUGGAGACACCUCAGCAGUCCUUCCGCAGACCCAGCGACGGCUGGAGCCAUCAUCACCAUCAGCACCAGCAUCAUAAUCAUCAUCGCCACCACCAUCACAUGCAGGAGCACGUUUCGAAACAUCAUCACCCGUCCGCCUCAGCCAUGGAGGUCUCUUUCACCUAUCCUUCCGCCGCUUCAAUGGAGUUCACCCGGCGGGGCUCCUCAGAUGACCUGGCUGACUCGUUGGAACAUAUCGGUAUCGAUGCCACCGAUUCUGUUCAUCUAAAUCCUCAACGCGUUGACCCUGCUGCGUGGAAAGAGCCCGGUAAGGAGCUGGAUCUGGCUGCGCGACGUAAGCGUCCCCGACCUGCGGCUAUUGGCACUUCGGCGUCUGGCCGCUCGUCGCUCGCCGCCGGCACUGUAUCAAUGUCCCCGACUACCCGACUACCCAGCAGCUUGGGGGCAACCGGCCAUUCGGUGCGGCAGACCAAGUCAGCUCAGAGCCUGAACUCUCGUUAUGCGGGCGUGCGCAAGGUUUCGGUCGCUCAGCGAUCCCCAUUGAACUUCUCCACCUUUGCAGAGGCCGGUGCACUGAGCGCAGCCAAAGCGGAGAUGCUGCAACCGUCGGUCUCGGCCAACACAUUGGCCCCUCCUACCCCGCUGACGCCCGAAGACUUCCAGCACCUGCUGCCCCCGGCCUCUCCAGAGGGAGGGUAUUGUCUCUCUGCACACCCGGCCUCCCAGCAGCUGUUCCAGACGAGCACGACGGCCACGACGCAGCCCAUGCAGAUCCACAUUGCCUCUCCGCCUUCAACGCCGCUGACGAUGGAAGUCCUGUCGCCCUUUGCCUACACGACUCUGGCUCCCCCGCUGUCCGCGCCGGCCCAGUACACUACGUUCCCUCCCGAAUACGCGGGAUCGUGCGAGGUGCCGCUGACUGCUCGGAGCUGGGCCGAAGCCGUGCCGAUGCCGUCCCCGGAGAUGAACUUCGCAGUGGGGAUGCCUCCCUCGAUCGCUCAGCAUAGCAUCUCCCCCAUCCCAGACCAGGGGCUGUCAAUGGAUCAUGAAACAGGCUCUUACUCGGGUUCUCCGCCAGGCAGUCACGCCAAGGAGACAGAGUUCCGCAUCCAAGAAUUCCCUGAGCAACAGGAGGCACACCGGUUUGUGGCGGCACAGCUCUCUGUACAGCCCCCCAAGAAAUACACAUUCAUCAACAACGCCACAGGCCAUGUGGAAGCAUGA